CGUGCCUCUAGCGAUUCCUGGACGCUCGACGCAUCAUGCCAUCCACCGAUCAACGGUGACCCUUUAGUCAACGGCUUGACCACUUCAUGUGACGUAAGUAUGCAGCGCAAUGCUAGAUUCGGUGGUGGGGAUGGAUCGACCAUUUCGACUUUCUCCGCUAAUCUCGAAGCUCACCGUCCAUGCCGCCGACGGAACAACGUGCACCACCUUUUGGUGACCAGCAAGAUAAUGGAGAAGCAGCAGUCCUUCGUCCAUUAUUGAACGUCAACGACAUGGGAACCAAACGUUCGCAUGGAUUGGAGACAUUAUCCAAGCCGAAAAGUUCCUCGAAAUCUCGAAUCUUGAACACUGUGGCCCACGUGAUGCUGGUGGUGUCCAUCGCUAUCUACAUUUGGGGACAGGUCAUGUACUUAUCGCCGUCGAUUCAGUUGAGCUUUAUGAACGCCAUUGGUCCGUUCUGGAGCGUUCCGCUGACUCCUCCACCUCCCGGUUCGUCACUUAAAGCCUACGGACACUACGAAAUGCUCGCUCCGACAUUCUUCGUGCUGUUCACUGUACUUCCUCUUCUCGCGAGUUUGAUCUUCUUCGAGUUUGUUCGAGACUACAACGUCCACCGUCACACAGCACGUCGAGUACUCGCUGUUUCGGCCUUGCUGCGUCGGAAACCUCCACGUGUCAAGUCGAUCCCUGGGCUACAAUGGAUGAAAGACUAUUGCUAUGGUGAACUGCUAUUCAUCGCGUUCUUGGUCAUCGGCAACGUCGUCUUGUUCGUGUAUGGGUGGAUCAAUCAACGCCGAGUAUUACCGCGUCCGGGAGAUCCGUACGACUUUAACACAGUGCUCGAACUCAGUGGCGUUGUGUUCGGCUACAGUUCCGUCUUCAACAUGGCAUUCCUCUUCUUGCCCUGUACGCGACACUGCGCUUGGAUGGAGUUUUUCAACAUUUCGUACGCGAAUGGAGUGAAAUAUCAUCGGUGGCUUGGGAUGUUGUCCAUCUAUACUGCGAUUCUACAUGCAAUACCGUUCUACUGGUUGUGGGCCCGUCAAGGCGUGUUAGCUAAGCAAGCAUUACCAUGUUUCGACUGCCAACUCGACUACUGGCACAUUGGAUAUCCCAAGUGGUUUAACGUGUUUGGGGAGAUCUCGCUCUUCUUCAUGCUCUUCAUUACCUACACUUCGCAUCCGUGGGUCCGUCGUAAUCUCUUCGAGGUUUUCUACUACGUGCAUCACCUGUACAUCCCCGCCGUGAUUUUCGCUGUACUACAUUUCAACGUGAUCGUUUGGUGGCUACUACCCACACUCGUUCUGUACUUAUCGAGUCGAGCUAUUUCGCGUUGGAACUCGCUGUUCCCGGUUCAAGUGCUCGAGUUUACUCGACUACCCGAAGGUCUGGUCAAAAUUGUGCUCGCUCGUUCGGUUGAUGGUGGCUUUGACAUUGGACAGUUCGUGUACCUGAACGUGCCUGCUAUUUCUAAGCUUCAAUGGCACGCAUUUACGAUCAGCUCUUCGCCACGCACAAGUCCGACGUCUCUGACUAUUCUCGCUAAGUCCCUGGGAGACUGGACACAUGAUCUAGUACAACAUGCACAAGAAUGUCGGGAUAAAGACCAACUUCCAGUUGUGUAUAUGGACGGCUACUAUGGCGCUUCGUUGGCUGGAUACGACGAGUAUUCCACAGUGUGUCUCAUUGGAGGUGGCAUCGGUGCUACACCAUUGUUCGCCAUACUGGAGGAUAUGGUAGCUCGACUGGAGACGCACGAUCCGUCACUGCCAAAGCAACAUGUCUUCCUGGUCUUGGCUGUUCGUGAACUUGCGCUGAUUGAAGAAGUAUCUCCGAUUUUAUCCAAGAUCAAGCACUUUGACCCACGUGGUGAGCGCUUCACCCUUCGAUUCAACGUGACUCGUACACCAAGUAAGACCAUGUUGGACACACCGAUUGACCACGACAGAUUGCGAGGCAAGACCAGUAUCAUUCAAAGCACUAACGUACAAUCACGACGAUUUAGCAGCCUGCGUGGUGCUCCGGCUCCGUUUAUCGAGCCACUUCGUUCCAAAGGCGCUAAAAUCGUUCUCUACACGGCAAUGUUUGUACCGGUCACUGUGCUGAUAUUGUGGCUCGAAUUCGACAACGGAGUGCUGAUGGAUCACGGCAACAAGACGCAGUAUUGGCCACUGCAGAAUUUUGUGGAAAUCGGAGUUGUAUUCCUCGUCCCGGUCGUGGCGUAUGCCUUGUUAAUGAUUAACCGGUGGCGACAUUCUCCACAGAGCAACAAUGUAAAGCAGUCGCCAUUGGACCACAAAGUCGCACGUUGCAGCUACUCAAGCAUUCGACCAACCUCACCAACUGAAACUAACCAACACAUUGGUGAUGGCUUAACUCUUAGGAAAUUGGGAGAUUUGGUGGAGGAGUAUGGGGUUGCUUGUGGGACUCGACCAGAUAUGGUGCAAAUUUUGCGAGAAGUACAUGAGAAGCACAACAGUACAAGCGGAACACCGAUCGGAGUGUUCAUUUCAGGGCCAGAGGCGCUAAAGACUGCAACCGAUGAUGCGAUUGCGGACUUAAGCACGCACGACUUUGAUGUUCAUGAAGAAGAAUUCGAGCUAUAAAGAGUCCAGUAAUAAG